CCUCUGUCUGGUUGUAUUUCUGCAGUCUGCACUGCACUCAACAACCACCCCCAGUCCCCACUCUCUACCUCUUUCUCUGCCCCCAAUAUUUGAUUAUUUAUCUUCCGAUUGCUAUUUAUCUCUUCUUUCAUUUGUACAGCAUUUCUCCGAUUGCUCAUGUCCUUUGAUUCCCUUCCGUGUGCUGCCGAAAUUCCCCUUCCUACCAACAUUUUCCACCUCCAAAAUCGAUGCUGGCCUCCACUGGUCUUCUGAUCCAAGCCGGCUGGAAUCCUCCAUCUCCUUCCUGCAAGAUCUGAUACUCAAGGGGAAUCGAGUACAACUGCCUUGCAAUGAGGCCGGAGACGCGGCUUCAAUCGGCGGUGUUCCAGCUCACCCCGACCCGCACCAGGUUGCACAAGAGCAGAUUACCAAGGGAGGCUAUUCCAUCACACUUGAGCCAGAUCCAGAGAUUGAUGCAUCAUGGUUUACCAGGGGAACAGUGGAGAGAUUUGUUCGUUUUGUCAGUACACCGGAGGUCCUGGAGCGAGUCACAACAAUAGAGUCCGAAAUAUUGCAGAUUGAAGAUGCCAUUUCCGUCCAGGUCAAUGAAAGCCUUGGUUUGAGAUCUGCAACUGUGGAAGACCGAAAUGGGAAAUUGGUGGACUGCAUGGAAGGUUAAACACUGAUGUACAUUUUUUGCUUUUUUUCCCCAUCAUGAUUCAUUGAAAAACAGCCUAUCUGUGAAGCUCUUUGUUUAUCACCUAAUUACUCAGCAAUGCUUAUUUAUUUCUGAUAAAAAGUACUCUUUAUUUUCUGGGACAAUGAAACUUGGCAAAUUGCAAUGCAGGCUGUACUUUUUAGAAUUCAUUCGCUAAUAGGGUUUGGUGUGAUGUAGCCUAUGUUACACGGAUACUGGUAUGGGUAUCGGAUACGAUACGAUACGUAUCGGAUACGCGGAUACACACUUUCCCAAAAAACACUGAUACGGGGAUAAGGCUAGGAUAAUUAAUAAUUAUAUAUAAAUAUCACAUAGAUAUUCAGCAAGUGAGAUUUUACUCUUGAGUAACUUCCCCUAUACUCAGAUGUGCAAUACUUGCAUGUCCAUAUAACAUUACCUCUAUAACUAGCCUUCUCUAAAAGCACAACUGAUUCCACAAGGGGUUCUUCAGUUGCUGCUCAUCUAGUUCUAUUGCAGCAAGUUCAUCAUUUUGUAUCAUCUCUUACUACCAAAACAACAUUUGGGUGGGCUGAUUACUGCUUUGGGCUGUAUCUCAUCUGGCCCAAAAGUAUCGGAUACGCGUAUCCAAGCAAAUACGUAUCCGUUUUUCAGGAUACGGCUAGAAACGUAUCCGAGGCGUAUCCGGGGCGUAUCCGUAUCCGAUACGUAUCGGAUACGGAUACGCCACCUCCUAGGAGUAUCCGCGUAAUAGAGGAUGUAGCAUUAGGCACAGUUGUUGAACUUGAUAUGGAUAGAUAGCUUUAGUUUUAAUAUACUAGUCUGCACAAGGAAAUGCCAAUGUAUAUACUGGUUUAUGCAUGGGCAAAUCUUCACUAGUGUUUAUCAAUCGGGAAAUUAAUCGUUUUAGUUUUAGCUACCUCACUGGAAGCUCUACAUUUUGAGAUGGAGCUAAUUUUCCAGUGCACAUUUUUAGCAAGACAUUCCUCUCUUCUGGUUUACAAAUUAGCUAGCUACUCCUUGAUUUGGAGGUGUCUCAUGUAUUUUUUCCGCCUUUUUGCUGAAUGUCCUUAACCCAUCUACUUACAGGUAAUAAGACAGGCUUUGAUCCUGAUGCAGAUAUGGCACUUGUUCCAUAUAAGGCUAGCACACAGCCAACUCUACCAGUGCAGAAUAAUGGUGGCACUCAGGAGGAGAAUUCAAAAGCUCAACUGCUUAGAGUGUUAGAGACGCGCAGAACAGUAUUACGUAAAGAGCAGGCUAUGGCAUUUGCACGGGCUGUAGCAGCAGGGUUUGAUACUGACAACUUGGUGUAUUUGAUCACAUUUGCAGAGCGUUUUGGUGCUUCUCGCUUGAUGAAGGCAUGUACACAAUUCAUUGGGCUGUGGAAGCAAAAGCAUGAAACUGGACAAUGGAUUGAGGUUGAACCUGAAGCAAUGUCUGCACGCUCCGAAUUUCCUCCUUUUAAUCCUUCUGGCAUAAUGUUUAUGGGGGACAGCAUGAAGCAAACUAUGGAAACAAUGUCUGUUUCCAAUGGAGAUGCAAGCGAAGAUGCUUCUAAAGCAGAUCAGAGGACAACUCAGCAUUCUGGAGCUCCCCAUGAGUUCUUCCAUGGUCCAUAUCAGUCAGCAUAUCCACCGUGGGCUAUGCAUCCGCCUUACUCUAUGCAAGGCAUGCCUUACUAUCCUGGAAUGAACCCAUAUUACCCUCCCCCCUACCCCCCAAUCGAUGAUACCAGGUACCGCCACUCAGAAAGGAGAGUAUCAAAGAAAUACUCCUCAGAUAGCAAGGACUCAGAAACUUCAGAUGACGAAAGUGACCAGAGCGGUUCAGAGAGGGAUAUUUCUUAUGGUCACAGGUCCCAUAACAAGAAUAAAAGGACAGGCAAGAAGCCCAGUGUGGUUGUCAUACGGAACAUAAAUGUAACAUCGAAAAGGCAUGGAUCAUCAGAGAUUGAAUCACAAAUAGGUUCAGAUGUAGCAUCUGAGGACAGUGAUGAUCUGAACACCAAGUCCAGAAAGAAAAAGAAUAAGAGCUCAAGUUCAAAGAAGAAAGAUGCUAGAAAGAUCAUUCUUGAGUCUGUUGAUGAUUAUAAUAAGGAUGAAAUGUCGUAUGGGCAAGAUGGAGAUCAAGGGAACUGGAAUGUCUUCCAAAGUUUCCUGCUAAGAGCUGAUGAGAGGACAAGAGAUAAUGAUGCUGAACUAUUCACCACUGAAAACAAACCACCCCCAGCAAGGAAGGAGAGCACAAGCAUUGAUGAUUCUAUUCUCUUGACAGAGCAAGAUUCUGCUGGUGCCAAUGAACGUAAUACAGCAGGUUUCAACAUAGAAAAUGGGAGGACUAGGCCGCAUCAGAUGCUGUCUGGUGAUGAGCUUAUGAUGUCUAGGCAAGGUAGUGGUGUUGCUAGUGAUGGCAUAAAGGAGAUUGAAGGUGGAGAUGCAAGAUACAGGAGAGGAGCAAGUGAUGACUUCAUGAUAUAUGGGCAAGAAAAGUCAACAGACAGAGGGAGUUGUUUAGACCCUCUUGCGGAAGCACAGUACAAGAACCCCACACUGGUGGAAAAAAAUGCGCACAGCAUGGCAGAUGAGUCCUUCAUGAUACCUCUUAGGUUCACCUCAGAUGAUAAUCUUGGACCAGAAAGUCAUACUGCCAUUGACAUAGAUGUUGAGCUUCCCUCAACUGUUCAGAAGAUAUCAGAUGCUAAAGCUGGUGGUCAGCUUUUCUAUGAGCCAGAUGAGUUGAUGCCAGAGCGUGUAUGCGAAAACAUUUCCUUUGGAUAUGAUCCAGCAAUGGAUUAUAAUGAGAUGCAGAGCCAACCUGCUUCCAUGGUUGAAGAUUCACCUGUGGAAGAGGCAGCGUUGACCAAUGCUGAUGAAGUAAAGAAGCCAGAGAAAGAUAAGAGGAUAAGAAGUUCACAGGAGAGUUCGGAUAAACGAAGGAAAGAUGCUUCAGUGAGGAGAUUAUCAUCGUCAAAGGGCCCAAUGACUGAUGCACAGAAGCGUGCACAAAACUUGCGAUUAUAUAAAGCGGAUCUUCAAAAGGCAAAGAAAGAGCAGGAAGAGGAACAGAUGAAACGGCUAGAGAGGCUUAAGCUGGAGAGGCAAAAGAGAAUUGCGGCAAGAAGUAGCACUUCCAGUGCAUCAACCACACUGCAGCAACCCAAAGUGAAACCUUCUUUCAAGGUUUCUCCUAGUACCUACAAGAGCUCAAAGUUCAGUGAUGCAGAACCUGCAUCCUCUUCACCUCUCAGAAAAGUUCCUGCCAAAACUACCCCAGGAACUGAUCCCCAUCCCCAAAAAACAGCAAAAGCAAGCAAACUAAUUGGUAAUACAAAUGCAGUUAGUAAAUCAACCCCAUCAUUGACAGAUAUGAAGGAGAAAAGUGGGAAAGCCGAAUCAUCCAGUGAGCGAUUGAAAAAACUUGCUGAACCUAAAACCAGCAGUUUUACUGACCAUCCUUCGAAUCUCAAGUCAGCAAGCGUGGACCACCCACGGAGAAGAAGCAUGCCACAGGAUACCCAAAGAAAGAAAAUUUCAGCUAUAAUGCAACUUGACCAGAGUAAAUCAGCAACACUACCAGAACUGAAAGUCAAAUCCCCACAAGCUCCUGCUGUUGUGAAUAAUGCAAUAGCUACGAAAGAAAAGAAAGUGGUUUCACAUGGAGGUAAAGCUCCUACAACAGAAACUGCUGGUGUAAAGAAAAUUAAUGGUAACAUUUCAAGGAUGAACAGCAGUGAUGACAGUGUGGUGGUUGAGAAAACUGUUGUGAUGCUUGAAAAUGAGGUGGUUUCAACACCUCCAGUCACUCUACAUUCUGGAAGAAAUUCAGCAAAGGAAACUUCUAGUGAUGACAGGACAGAGAAGCCCAGUCCAGAAUUGGAUUAUACUGCCAUCAGAGGUCCACCUUCUCCACAUAUUCUUCCGGAUGCUGAGAGCCCUGUCACCAAUGGACCUGAUGACCAGGGGAACUCAUACGAGGUGGUGACUGAGUGUCGAAAGGAUGAACCUGAGAGGCCAUCCUUGGCUGCCGUGGAGAAACCCUACCAGGCCCCUUUUGCUAGGGUGACAUCGCUGGAGAAUGCUUCAGACUACAGUCCAUUGCCUGUGCAAGAAUCAAAAUUGCUUGUGCCUUCACAUAGCAUUAAGGCUCGAGUACCUGAGCCUGUGCACUCUUCAGUUGACUGCAAUGAGGUAAAUGAAAAACCUCGAAGCAAAGAGCCAAAAGGAUUUAGGAAACUUUUGAAAUUUGGCAGGAAAAGCCACACUUCAGCCUUGGCAGAGGGUGCAAUGGAUUCCGAUGCGUCAUCAAUUGAUGAAUCCCCGGCGGGAGACGGGUCGAUGCUGAAGAAUCUCAUUUCACAAGAGGACUCUGGUGCUUCUUCUAAAGCUUCUCGGUCGUUUUCCCUGCUGUCACCAUUCCGCAGCAAGCAUAAGGUGAUUGUACUGUGAACAUGGAUCAGCAGCAGUUGGUAGGAAUUCACAGUACAGUACAUACUUUGGGGACGAGUUUGGAACAUCAUCGUUUUUCUUUCUAGUAUAUACAUGUAUACGCAAUUACGUACAUACUAUACGGUUGCCUCGUCUGUAAACAGCCUAUGUGAAGCUUAUGGUUGGUUUGCAUUGCAUUUGUACAUUCCCCUGCUGUUUUGUACCCAAACUAUUAGUGGUGUCGUGUAUGAUUGUGAAAGGAAUAUAAUACAGCCUGUCAGCAGAGUUGUUAGUUCUUAAAACCCAAGAAGCAGUGACUGCUGGAAUCUCUAAAUGAUUUGCAAGUAUUCUUAAA